GUGGCCAUAACAUGAGGCCCCGUUGGAGUCCCCGAAGGCGACCGAGGUCCAGCUCGCGGCUGCCUCGUCCGCCAGUACCGCAACCUGCAGUCGAAGCAACAGCACCUCGUCUGCUGCAGCCUCCCCGCCACCGUUGAUGACGUCCGCGGCGCCGUUCGCUGUGGACUCGAUGGCGGCGAUGAAUUCGUUCAUCCAGGAGCUGCGCAAUCUGAACAGCUCCGCCAGCAGCGCCAGUGCGAUGAGCAACAGCAGCUUCGAUUCGGGCUUUUCUGCUUCGUUCACCGGGGACUCCAACGCCGGUAGUGGCCGGGCCACUGCCAUCAAUGCGCAACCUCAACAGCCGCAGUCAUCGAACGUCGUCUGGGGCAACAAAACGCUCUGGGGCGUUCCACCACCAAGUCCAUCGCCAGCAGCGAUCAAGUCUCCAGCAGUAGAUCCAUCAACCAUUUGCACUAACACUAACAGUAACAGUAUGUACGCAAAUAGCAAAGAUUCCUCGAAUAAUUCUUCCGGUGGAUCCAUUUGGGCCACCGCGUUGACGGCCAGUCCAUCUGUGCCCCCUACCCAGUCCCAAUCCUCCAACUUUUCCACCAAUAUUUGGGAAAAUUCAGGUACGAAAGCAAACCCGGAACCGCUCGGUUCGAUCUGGAUGAUUCCGGACGCAGGGCGUGCUAACGUUUGGGGUGCCAGCUCCCAGCUGCUACGACCGACGGAGAUCAGCUCCGGGCCCGCCGCAACGGUGGGCAACGGCGGUGGUAGCAGGCUGAGUUCGCUGUGGGGUUCAACCGCUGGGACAGGUUCGUCUUCGACGUCGUCCUCAGGGAACGUACUGAAGUCGCUCCGGCUGGCUGGUACGGUCGGUGCCGGGGGAGGCGGUGCGAGUGCCAGCUUCGGCGGACUCGGGGGGCUCAUUACCAGUCCUCCGGUGCCAGCUGGUAACGCAGUGGCAGCAGCUGCCCCGGCAACUGCCACAUCAACCAUGCAGCUAUUUUCGGACGACUUUCUCAGUUAUCUCAAUAUCAACAAUUAGAGCAAUUUUACAAACCUGUUAUUUAGUUCGAUUGCGUUUUAUUAUUAUUAUCGUCAUUAUAAUUAUUUUUUUUGUCUGACGGUGUUUAGUUUGGAAUUUAUUAUUUUUUGAUGUUUGUUUUAUGAAUAUAUAUUUUUUUCGGUUACUCGUUUACGUAUGCAAUGUACAAUGCAUUAGAAGAGAAAAUGUUUUCAUUUUGAAUCAUUAUUGUAUCGUGUUGUAUACAAGUUUUUUUUGUCGGCGUAAAUUAACCAAGUAGGCGGAGAAGUUCAUUAUCACAUUAAAAAUAAUCUAAUCUAACGGAAAAGUCUUAAAUGUGUAAGAAUUGUGACAAGCGAGUUGUAUCUCAUUUUUCUAAGUCUGUAAGUAAUUGCGAAUGAUAAAAUUAAGAACAAAAACUGAAGCUAUUUGAACACGGUAAACGGACACGUUCGGUUCUCUCGUAUAAUCUCGCGUUUUAGCUUAAAAAAACGAACCUCCGAAGUCUAGCAUGUUUCGAGGUUAGGAAUUGCGUAUUGACAAAUGCAUUACAAUCAGUUUUUUCCCGUUAUUGACGUUAUGGUAAACAAAGGCAAACAACACUACUAUAGGGAAUGGAUGAAUGUUUUUCAUUUUUAUUUCUGGCGGCAAGCGUCAACAUACAAGAAUAAAAUCAGGUAUUUCUUUUAGGCUUAAGGAAUUAUACACAGUGAAAAGAAUAAUCCUUUAGAAGUUUAUACAAGUAGACGUAAACAAAAACAUUCAGCAUUCAACAAAUGAAGGUGAGCAAAACUCAAACACUGUACAUAUAGGCCCAGAUGCAAAAGUGAACGAUUAGCAAGCAAUAUUUAUGAGUGCGAUGAUAGUCGAAUUUUGGUUGGAAGGGAAGGAAUGAGAGCGACAAGGACAGAACUGAAGGUGGGGAGUGUUAGGCGAUCCACAACACUCACGCAACUCCGUAAGCGCAGUAGCGCUUUAGGCGUAAAGAGAAGAAGCGACUUGUGAUUCAAAUCAAUGAAAAUUAAGGUGUAUAAAAAUAAUCAAACAUUUGACUGCGACUGGUAUGCGAAUGAAAAAGCAACAUUUUAAAUAGUUCCCCGAGUUUCUAAAACUUGCUGUAUUCUUUUAUCCGCUUGACGUUACAGUUAAAAAAAAAAUAAUUGGAUGUGAUGCAUUUUACACGAAAAUGAAAAGGACGUAUAUUUCUUACAUACUUUUUUGAUGGAUAUUGUUUAAAUUCAGCGAAAUUGAAUGGAAAAAAGUUGUUUAGGAUAUAAAAUGAAGGAAACUUUUGGACGAAAUUUUCACUUUAAGUUUCGAGAGGAAACGGUAUCGUGAUAAGAUUUUGCACAAAAAAGAUAUUUACAUUUUACUCUGAAUCCAAUCCCAUUCAUUCACAACAGGAAGUGCACAUUUGUUAGGCAGUAACAAUUAGGUUUAUCAAAAUUACGGAUCUGCGGGAGUAGAUGAGUGGAAAAUGAGUAAUCUGUGACUUAAAAUUUUCAGAAAACAAUAGUUGGAACUUAUUACAGAACAAUAUCCUUAAUAACAUUAAACAUGAGAUUUGAAAAUGUAUUUAGCUUGCAAACCAAUAGAAGAAAUAUAAUAUCAUUUUCCAAUCAUCACUCCUUUCAGAUCCACUUAUGCUCGGAAAAAUGCCAAAAGCAGAAUGUUAACUAACUAUCCCAACCAGGAAAGUGGACUGAAACGAAUUAAAAUUAAACAAACGCGUAAAAGAAGUGAAACCAUUAACCUUUUUCCGACUAUUCAUCUAUCCUACCCUGCACUUAAAAUCUUCCGCACUCCCCUUAGAGUUUCAAAACCAUUUAUCUUCUACCCGAGCUAACGUUAGUCAGUAAGUCGAAACUAAGUGAACAUUAAAAAUGAAAAGUAAACAAACAACUGGUGAUAAUUUUCCUCCGCGAGCGUCGUGUGAAUGAUUUUCCAUUGAUUUCACAGCAACGACGCCGGAUGUCACCUAUCGAGAAGAUAGGACGAGCAACAAGGAAUCUAAUUUCUCGCUUUAUACGGUAGAAUGUAAGAUAGACGUCAACUUGCGAAAUGUUUCUUAAUCAACGCCCACUCGGAAUGGAAUAUAGGGAUUCGACAGAUGGCACCACUGCCGGAUGUCCUCCCGGCGGUUAUCAGUGGCUUCGUUUUGUGAGUCUUUUUUCGGACUGGAAAUUUGUAUACAAAAAUGUACACACAGCAGCGUUAAAUGUGUAGUUUUUUAAGAUCCCUCCCACCAUGUGUCCCCCACGGCUGAGCCCCCUCCUCAUCAAUGUCAUCGUGAUCCAUUUUUCAGACCAAGUUAUAUUAAGCAGAAAGAGAGACCCAAGAAGCAAGAAGAUCCGCUCCGAUUAACAGCCCUUGGAGUGCCGAUUUUUGACAGACUUACAGACAGAUACAGAAUUCGUUUUCCGAGCAGCAAUUGGAAGUCGAGUUAUUGUUUGUUUUGAUAAUCGAUAGCAUAUUCACGAAGAAAAGGAAAACCGGAUCACAGCAACCAGUCAAAUCUUAACGUGUGCGAGUGGAAGAAUGAAUGCGUGAUUAUAUCAAUGUUUGCAUUUGUGUAUAAAUAGAAGUAAACAAAUGUUCUAGUGCUAGUUUUAAGUCGAUAAGGCAAACAGUGGAAAACUUGAAAAUAUAAUUACCAGAAACACACACUAAGUCUUGGUUGUUAAACAAGGAUGAGAGAAUGAUUCGGUGGACUCUCUUUGAAAUGGGUCCACGCUCAAACGGAAAGCAAGGGAAUACCGCGGAAAAGAGCAUAUAAAGGUAUGUUAAGUAAUCUGAAAUAAAAUUAGAUAACUUUAAGAGCGUAGAUUUUAGCAAGCAAGCACUCAGAAAACAAUGUUGACAUAUCCUUGUUUCUACUAGAGGUAAUCAAAGUACCAUAUGUGAAUGUACUAAUUAGUAGUAGUUUGUAGACAUUCUGUGCAGGAGUUCGACUAUGGGAAGUGGCACUCUCCGGACGGAAUGGAAUGUCGAGUUAUUAUGUUAUUUUUUAUGUUUAACCAAAUUUUAUCGUGCCAGAUGCUCCUUUGACUACUGGAGGCUGACACAAGUUUAAGAUUAAAACAAAUACAAAUUCUCAGAUCAUCUGAUGAACUCACGUACAAAUGAACAGUCCCGCCGUUCGGAAAGAGUGCUGUUUCCGAUGGAGAAACACUUCGUGGCAUGGAAAGGCGUUUUUUAAAUUAUUUUCUUGAAUUUAAGCCAACUUUGAAGCAUACUGUAAUUAAGCUACGCCCUGACUGCGAAGCAAGUGCAGUUAUUAGAAUCAAUGUACGUUUUUCUUCUAUCUAGAUAUGAUGUAUAAGAUAAAUUGUUUUUCUCUGCACUCCAGUCCCGUUUAGUUCAAGAAAUGUUACGCUUUUAGUUAAAUUUGGGAUUAACUUUGGAAUAGAUAAGCAGGUACGAUUGCAUCUUGUCUGGACCUACCCUCACAAAGCAGAAGCAAAGUUGUCAACAUAAACACAAAUGACCCGGAAAAAGCUCUUCCAAACUAACCGGAAACACCGAUACAAAACACAAACACACAAGAAUACAGUUUUUGGUUCAACCCUCUAUAACUUUGUUGAUACCUUGGAAGAUGUUUUUGACGAGCUGAGAACACUAUAAACAAUGGUUGAUUUAGUAAAUUACCACUCUAAUAACAUACCCACAACACAUAUUACUAAUAGAGAAACGAGAAGAGAGGUGAACAAAAUACACAUGUACAAACAACCAAAUAGAUUAUUUGAGCAAGAUAAAUAGAAAGUUACGAAAAAGCACCCACACACAUGCAAGCAGUGAGAUAGAUAAGCGGGUGUUAUGGACCCAGGAAUGUACAAAAAACGGUAGAAGAUAGCGUUUGAAGAAACCCGCACUCGUAGGCGCCAAUUCCUCUCUUCAACCAAUUGACAAUGACAUGCAUGAUAGCGAUGACCAGAGUAGCGCUCCCACUGAUGCAAUACCUCAAUAAAACCGAAAUGCUAGCUGCCAUCAUCAUGACCAAGCGCAAUCAGCGAAACAAAACGAAACACAAACGAACGGCUGGCAACACUGACCGGGACGGCACUGCACCGGAAUCGGUUCGGAUUGGCUCUAAGCAAACACAAGCAAACACUGUAGUAGUCAAAUCAAACGAUUGUGAUUCUAACCAUGUUUACAAAACACAAAUACGAACUCAAGUACAACUUGAGACACAGGUGACACCAGUACUACCUCAGCAGAGACUAGCGAAAUUUGUUGACGAUGAUUUAAAUGCUGUGCCACAGACUCCGGAGCGAAAGGGGAUCGAGAGAGCGAACGAGCGCGACAAUGUUUACAAACGAAACAAAUAGGAGAGAGAGACAAACCACAAAAGCCAGAAUACCUCAGAAACGUCUCAGUAAAUCGCCGAACCGAUGCGAAGGUGUGUGUGAUUACGCCGCCAUUUUUGAUCAACGUGCACGGGAAGUGUUGCCAGAAUCAGGGAUUUACACAAACGUCAAAAUAAGUGUAGCAAUGAAUCCAACAUUUAACUGCCAUCUAUGGUUUGUUUAUACCGGGCAGCAGCUCCAAUUGUAAAGUACUAACGAUACGCAUCCAUCUCAAAGUGCGGUGUCAGCCAUUCUGCACGAGCCUAAUUAGAUUUGUUUUGAACUUGUCUCAAAUCACGUACACUUCCAGUGAGCGUCCCUCCAGUGCUAGGAUAAUGGUUGUCGUUUAGUUUCCGCAGUUCGCUAAUGUUUACCGAAAGUAAUCAAUCGCAGAAUCUAGUAUAUAGUCAACAACUAUCUUUAACCCCGAACUAUGUAAUUCCCACUCAAGAGCAAACAAGUCACUCUGAAAACGUAUGAACUACUGUCAACGUCAGUCCACAGGCGAGAGCAAGACAAAAUAAGCUUCAAGUACAAACUAAAUCAAAUAUAUCAAAGUUAUUUUCUCGUUUUCUGUUUGCCAGAUUAGUUCGAUUCGUUUGACCCCUGUUCAGAUUCCUGUUUGUAACGCGAGAACAACUUACUAAACCAAUUGUUUUUGCUUCCUAAUGGCAAACUGUACCAAAACUAACCACUCGUAUUAUAGUAGAGACACACAGUGGAACUAAAAUACUAACCUUAUAAAGUAAAUAUUCAAUCCGUAAACGUAAGUAUAUCUUAUUAGUCGAUGUUGAAUUAGUAGAGUGUAAGUUUCUGUUUUCUUCUGGUCUACGUUUUCCUACGUGGUGGAUUGUUCACAACUUAUCCAACCCAAAUUACAAAAACUAACAAAAAUUAGGUCUCUGUGUCGCGUGAGCAGAAAACCAACGGAGAUUCAAGCAGAGCGCCAACCGGGAACGUCGGAAAUGACAGUUCUCUUUGCUGUGUAAACAAUGCAUUUAUCUUUUAUAGGUGUGUAAAUAGGUUGAAGCAACUUGUGGAUAUCGAAUAAAAACCUUUUUCCACCUAUUCCUAAAUUAGUUUGUAGUAAAUAUCAUAUAAGAUAAGAUUAUCAGCAAAAGUAAUACAAAUCUUGAGCAAUGUGUAAUGUAGCGACGUGGUUAAAUGGACCUGCUCCAGGGCACAACUUAACCGACAGGAAGGUGUCACUAGUUGUAGCGAGCGUAGAACAUUAAGUGUAAAUGUGUAUAAAUGAAAUAUUUUCCAAAGUCAGACGAAGGAGCGAGCGAGUGUGGAUAGCUGCGAGAGCGCUAAGAUUGAGUAAAGUUGGAUUUAUCAGUUUUCUGAUUCAGAUUUUCUGUUCAUAAAAAUCGGCAUCACUCUCUCAAAAGAACACCCAGAAAAAUGGUUAAUAUUAGCAUGAACAGAAGACAGAUAGGGCUGUAAUAUCUCUUUCCUUGGAGGAAAUUUCCAGAUUUAAAAAUAGUUGAUAGGAAAUCAAAACAUGGACUGGAUUAUCGUAUUUUUGUGAUAUUUACGGUUUUCCGGAAUCAUUACAGUUGCGAAGAAUAUGAGAAAGCAUCAAUAAUCGAGUCGAAACGAAACUGCCAUUUUUUGAAGCACGCAAGUGUCAACCAAAUUUACCGGAAUCCAGCGGCGCGGCCAUUCUUGCCAAAAUGGAGACAAAUACGAUUCUCUUGGACUGAUUUUAAUCUCAAAACUUUUAGGUCAGGUUCGAAACUUUAGGUUCCGUCACAUAAAACUCUUCACGCAAUCACGAUGAGCAAAAAAAAGAUAUGACAAGAAACGCGAUAUGGUCCAGCAGGUAAAAGCAGUAAGAGCGAACGAAAGAAACGCGGUUUGUUUAGAUCGAAGGACUUAUGGGGAAAGGAAAGAGAAGGAAGAGCUAAUCUGAUGAUAUUGAAAACAAAGGGAAAAUUCCAACACGCUGGUAUGUGGACCAAAUCGAACGAAAACUAAAAGUGUGCGAAACUUCAAGCGAAUGAUCUCCUUCUCCCUCAUGUUUCCUGUUAUAGGUGCGAUACGGCGCUGAACUCACUCACGUAGUGAAGAACUUUUGACUCUUAGUACUGACAGUAAAACAAUAUCGGACGGGUCGAGGAAUCAUGAAUUGUUUUUGUUUUGCGGAUUCAAAUCUUCACGAUUCGAAGCAAAAAUACGGAUGGAAAAGAUAUGCAAUUUGGCAUCACUUUCCAUCGGAUUUCAAAUUGUGAAAACGAUAUUUUUUUGCUGUUUGUGAAAACGAUAAUUUCUUACUGUUUAAACGUCAAACAUAACACAGUUUGUUGGUCACUUCCGAAAAUUUUAUUUAGUGCGAUCAAGCGUCAUUUAUAUUUUCAAAAUAUAAAUUACAAUGUACAAAACAAUUUUAUAGUUUUGAUCAUGAUUCCUUGACCGACAGAAAGUAAGCAAUACUUUUACAAUUUUUAGUUAGAUUGCCAAUACCUUGAGCAGUGUUUGAAGUUUUUGAAUGAGUAUCAAAACAUGGGCAACCAUUUUAGAGGCUCAGUCAAUAUCUGUACCCAAACAGAAGGAUUUUCGGCAGUCACAAAACAACUUUUUCCUAUUUGUGCAUGACUUUAGUUGGAUUUUUCCUACCCAAUUUGAACUACUCGAAUAGUAUGAGUUGACUUUCGAAACAAAAUUAUUUAAUUAAACAAUCAUUGAAUCGCUACUAAAUUAAAUAUACAUUACGAAAUUAAUUCGACCGAUAAGAAACGUAAAACUUGAACUAUAGAGAAAAUUUUUGCUAGCACAAAAUACAUUCUUAACUGAAUCAAAAUCAACAGCUUAAAAAUUUUAAAUCAAAUGAUCGAUUAACUUCUCCAACUUGAACCGAAUCAGUUCAGGUUGGUUAGGAGGCAAAAGCUUCACCCCUCAUCCCAAACAUCAACGAUCACUACCUUCCUCUUCUAAUAAAUGAUUGCAAAACAUCUUUAAACUAGCUGGUGAUCAUCGAGUAGUGGAAAAAUAUAUAAUUAAAUAUGAAGAAGAUAACCAAAACACCCGAAACAUACACACACAUAAAUGGAAAAGAGAAGACUGGAUCGGUUUUUGCGACUAAGUAAAUUAAAACGAGAAACGAAUUGUGAGAAAACGAGCAUUACCGAUAUAUAUAGAAAUUCAAAACAAUUUAAUCUCCAUUCACGUUUUAAUGUAGUUCACACUGACAAAAACGAACACAGACACAUACACAAAUAUGACACACACACGAAACACUUUGACACACAUACUAAAAAAUAUGUAUCAAUAUAAUUAGUGAGAGCAUUAUUUGACCGAUAUAGAAAAUGAAAAUAAGAAAAUAAAGCGACUGGUGAUAACAAAAAUAUUGGAAAUAGAUUACUCGUUUAUCCUUCUAAUUCAUACCCCCACCCUCCAAAACACUGAACUAAAAAGCAUACAGAGACUAAUGCACUCAACAUAAAUUGAAACAAAUCCAAAUGCCGAGUAAAACAGAAAGACGAUGUAAUCAACUUGACAUGAGUGUAGUAGACUAACCAAAUUAAAUACAUGGAAAAACAUAAUUCAAAAUUUCUGCAAAAUUCGAUGUUGUUAGCAAGAAUAAGUAAACUUGAAAUUAAUUACAUAAACUCAGAAAAAAACAGCAAACCUCACGUUAAAAGCGAACUACCCGAAGACUCAGCAGAUCAGGACAAGUUUAAGGCUACGCACAGAACUUUUUCUCCAAUCGAUUGUAGGCAUGUUUAGCGAGCAACAAGCAACCAAAAAACAACAGAACUGAUUAAGAGACUUUAAUAUGGAAAUCAUAAUGACUAAUAAAUUAAUGACGAACGAAAAAAGUGUAAAACUAAAUAAAUGAAAGAAAAAAAUAUUUACUGAUCCCAGAAUAAGGACAACAGAAAUUAUUAUAUACUCUUCAAAACAAAAUGACAGUAGCGGAAGACUUACAUUUAACUUAGUAGAUUGAAGAAAGAAAGAUCAUAAAAUCCUAAAUAUGUGUGAAAUUCAAAGCAACUACCAUACGAAAUCGUCAGAUCAAUAUAAAAAGACCUUUCCACGGCAAGAUAGGAACCAGGAGGAAGAAAAUCGGAAGGAAGGAAGAAGUCAAGAGGGACCGCAACAAAAUCGCUAAAUCGAUUAACGUCAGAUUGGUAAUACGCAAAUUUCUUAUAAUGUUUAUUUUUCACUUUCGCUUCGAUCGACACUGUUUCUACACUGAACCAAAAAAGACCGUUCGUUUCUAGUAUGAGUGUGUUUGUUUGUGUGCGAUUGUGCGAGUAUCAGUAUCACCUCAUCGUAAUCAUCAUUAAUCCCCAGGAGUGUAAUCAUUUUAUAUUCGUACGUGCAUUUGCGAAUGCAAAUGCAUUCAUCAAUGUCACACACACGCAUAGAGAGAGAGAAUGAGACAUAAUGCCCUGUAAAAUAGAAAGAAAAAAAAUCACAUUUAUAACGAAACUCUUCGAUUAUUGAAUCAAAACUAAAGUUAAGAGUGACACAAAUACAUCCACACGUUUCCUAGUGUAUCUAUAAGCAAAUAGCACUACCACAACCGCGCAUUUCCAAUGCUUAGAUGUGUACUAGAUACCACAGCACGAACUAUAUUCCUAUUAUGAAAAUGAAAACCUUUGAAAUGAAGAGAAAAGCACGAAUUACGUUGAGCAACGUAGGGUUGGGGCAAAAAGGGUUCACUCACACACGAUCGCACAAAGGGCCGGGCGGCCGAAUCCGUACUCAAAGCACUGUGCAUUGUGAUUCAUUCAAAAACGUAGUAGUUCCGUUGGCGAUCUGUGAGAUUGCAGCAGAGCGGAAGCAAAAACAAACGAACAAACGAAAUUCGCAUUGCGAAACAGUUUCCACACAUUGAUCUGUGAUUCCGGUUUGACAGCUGUCAGCUGUCGGGCGAUUUCAAUACGUGUUAGCAUUUGAAACCAUUAAUUCUUUUGUUUGACAUUACUGG